AUGCCAGGCUACCCGACUCCUCGGUCAUCCUCAUUCCCGACCGACAGAAUGCAUUCACCCUACGUCAUUACCCACGGGGUUCCUCCGACAACUAGGGCUACUAGAUCCCACGGGGUAGAGAAUGAGAGGAUCCUCAUCACCACGAGUGGCGCCAUUGACUGCCUGAGCGUUAUUUUCUUUCCCUCCACCGGCAAAACUUCGGCUGGCCCCAAAGGUGACCGAUGGAGUAAAGCAAACGAAGUCAUCAUCCCCCGACUGGGCAGAAACGGGCCGUCAAAACCCUCGCGAUUGGCAUCGCUUCUCGGUUGUGGAGUCCCAGCUCGGCACGAGGCCGACCCCGGCUUUCUAACCCUCAUCCAACCCGGUAUUGCGGGCCUCCGCAUUCUCCACUCCAGCAAAACCCGGGAAUGCACCGCGACCAGCCAGGGUGUGUAUGUAUCUAGGUAUAUAAGGGUGCAAUUGUCGGCGGUGGAAGAUGAAGGAUAG